ACGGCUGGCUGCGUGGGCGAGAAAGAGUCAGCCAGGGGGCCCAGUUGCCCUUCUCCGGCAUGCCCCUCUCCUGGGUCCCCGUGGACUUGAAGUCUGAAGUCUCCUCGAGUGCAUAGAGAUGCCUCGGCCGGGACAACAGCGUGGGGACGGUCGGCGGCGCCCCCUGUCCCAGGCCGCGGUGGCGGCGCCGCGACCCCGCCCUCUCGCGCCUGUCCUUUCCUCAGCUCCCAGCCUUUGCUGGGCGCCAGACCCGGCUUCGCAGUCCGGCAAUUCUCCUACUGUGGCUCGUCACCCCCGGGGUCCCGGCCUCCGCGGGCUGGGGCCGCCGCCACCGCGACAGGACGGGGAAGCGGGCCAUGGCGUCCUGCGUGGGGAGCCGGACGCUGAGCAAGGAUGAUGUGAACUACAAAAUGCAUUUCCGGAUGAUCAACGAGCAGCAAGUGGAGGACAUCACCAUUGACUUCUUCUACCGGCCGCACACCAUCACCCUGCUCAGCUUCACCAUCGUCAGCCUCAUGUACUUCGCCUUUACCAGGGAUGACUCUGUUCCAGAAGACAACAUCUGGAGAGGUAUCCUCUCUGUUAUCUUCUUCUUUCUUAUCAUCAGUGUGUUAGCCUUCCCCAAUGGUCCAUUCACUCGACCUCAUCCAGCAUUAUGGCGAAUGGUUUUUGGACUCAGUGUGCUCUACUUCCUGUUCCUGGUAUUCCUACUCUUCCUGAAUUUCGAGCAGGUUAAAUCUCUAAUGUAUUGGCUAGAUCCAAAUCUCCGAUACGCCACAAGAGAAGCUGAUGUCAUGGAGUAUGCUGUGAACUGCCAUGUGAUCACCUGGGAGAGGAUUAUCAGCCACUUUGAUAUAUUUGCAUUUGGACAUUUCUGGGGCUGGGCCAUGAAGGCCUUGCUGAUCCGUAGUUACGGUCUCUGCUGGACAAUCAGUAUUACCUGGGAGCUGACUGAGCUCUUCUUCAUGCAUCUCCUCCCCAAUUUUGCGGAGUGCUGGUGGGACCAAGUCAUUCUGGACAUCCUGCUGUGCAACGGCGGUGGCAUUUGGCUGGGCAUGGUUGUUUGCCGGUUUUUAGAGAUGAGGACUUACCACUGGGCAAGCUUCAAGGACAUUCAUACCACCACCGGGAAGAUCAAGAGAGCGGUGCUGCAGUUCACUCCUGCUAGCUGGACCUAUGUUCGAUGGUUUGACCCCAAAUCUUCUUUUCAGAGAGUAGCUGGAGUAUACCUUUUCAUGAUCAUCUGGCAGCUGACUGAAUUGAAUACCUUCUUCUUGAAGCAUAUCUUUGUGUUCCAAGCAAGUCAUCCAUUAAGUUGGGGUAGAAUUCUCUUUAUUGGUGGCAUCACGGCUCCCACAGUGAGACAGUACUACGCUUACCUCACCGACACACAGUGCAAGCGCGUAGGAACACAGUGCUGGGUGUUUGGGGUCAUUGGUUUCCUGGAGGCUAUUGUUUGCAUAAAAUUUGGACAAGAUCUCUUCUCUAAGACCCAAAUACUCUAUGUUGUGCUUUGGCUUCUUUGCGUGGCUUUCACCACUUUCCUCUGUCUGUACGGCAUGGUUUGGUAUGCAGAACACUGUGGUCAACGAGAAAAGACCUACUCAGAGUGUGAAGAUGGCACCUACAGUCCAGACAUCUCCUGGCAUCACAGGAAAGGUACAAAAGGUUCUGAAGACAGUCCACCCAAGCACGCAGGCAACAACGAAAGCCAUUCUUCCAGGAGAAGGAAUCGGCAUUCCAAGUCAAAAGUCACCAACGGCGUUGGAAAGAAAUGAAAGACCCUGGUUAAUCAAAGAUGUUCCAGAGUGCCUAGAACUGAGAGGGAAACGGAACUCAUCUGGACCUCCCUGUGAGGAGGUCAAGGCGCACAGGGCAAGCAGGAAGAGGCGAGGGUACUUGGGGGUCAUUAUUUGACAUCGUAAGUCUUGUUUCCCACAGACCUGGCCGCGCCAGGCAGAUCAUUGCCUGGGGGCCUUCGCCAAUGUGGGGUCUGUUCUCACUUCAGCACUUGGCACGCAGUCACCGGUGGCAGUGCGGUGCGCUGGAGGGAAACGGUAGCUAUCCACUCACAGUCGCCAAGAGCAGCUCCGUGCUUGCUGUAUGGUGGAUGCAGCCUCAACAUCUUCCUUCAGACAAGACAUUAACCCCACGGUUAAUGGACUGGUCAGCAGUUUUUAUUUUAUUUUUAUGAAUCUACCAUCCCAUUGAUUGAUUUAAGUUCAGGCCACUUUUCUGUCUUUUAUUUUGUUAUUGUCGUUAUUUGUUUUUAAGUUAGGAUGCUUUUUAAUAGCCUUUAGAAGCCGCUGCUGAAAUUGACAUUGGGGGAAGGGUUCCCCUUCCUGCUAGAGUGAAGAAGGGAGGAGGUAUUGCGUUUCUGUUAGGUAACCUCAAUCUCCUUUAAGACCUUCCACCACGUGGCGAGUGUACACCGGUCAGGAGAGGGUAGCUGCCUGCCUAGGAGCCUUGCUUCCAAUUAUUCCCUUCCCAAUGUGAUUCAUCCAGACUUAACCCUCCGUGCACAAAAACAAACCUGCUAGAGAGGCAGUGGACACCACAGCUUCUCCCCAGCCAGGUGCCUUUUACAUCGGGUUUGUUCUCCUUCCAUGGUGUGUUGCCGACAUUGUCACUGAGUUCCAUGUGAGGUGCUGGUGAGUAUUACCUUUCAUCCGUGCCAUGCUCCAGAACCUUGACCCUGAUAGUUCACCACCUCUGAUAGAUCCCUGUUUUAAAUAAAAUGAUCCACGUUAAAGCCU